AUGUUUUUAAUUGCUAGAGUUGGUGGGGGUGGGGGGGGCUAUGGGAGCCGGGUAUUUAGGGAAAUCCCUGUUUAGCCUGUAGUUGACAUUCAGUUCGGGCCCUAUCAGGGCCUUCUGGCUAAAAAUGUGCCUGCGUAGGGAAGUGGGGGUCCCAGGUGUGGGGCAGGCGGAGGUGGGGGCCUGGGUAGGGGGCAGAUCCUGAUCCGGUGAGCCUUCUGUGGUCACCAGAGCAGUGGGGUCUCCUGGUGAGAGCUGGGCUCUACCAGGGAAGCUUCAGCCUCCUGGGGCUCCUGGGCAUUUGAGGGGCGCCCUCGCUGAACUUUGCUAGGUUUGCAUGUCCGCCCAUCUUAGACUUGGGGAACUCUUUCCCCUUUCCUGUUCCUAGCUGACACAUUUCCUGUCCUCUCUCCACACCGGUGCUCCGUCUUUCACAACACCUUGCUGGUGAACUCAGUUUUGACACCCGUCCUUAGCAGCUGGAGGAUUAGUUCUGCCCUUAAGGGCAAGAAAGACUGGGCCUUCCAACCCUGCCGAUUCGAGGGAAAAUAUUUGUGUUCUAUUUCUUCAUGAUAAAGAACAGAAAAAAAAAUCACUACACAGCUCUAGAAAAGUCUUUAGAAAAGAGGAGUUCGACAGUACAUGUCAGAUAAGUUUAAAUUUUUUUUUUUCAACGUUUAUUUAUUUUUGGGACAGAGAGAGACAGAGCAUGAACGGGGGAGGGGCAGAGAGAGAGGGAGACACAGAAUUGGAAACAGGCUCCAGGCUCUGAGCCAUCAGCCCAGAGCCCGACGCAGGGCUCGAACUCACGGACCGCGAGAUCGUGACCUGGCUGAAGUCGGACGCUUAACCGACUGCGCCACCCAGGCGCCCCUGUCAGAUAAGUUUAUAAGCUAGUGAUUUUCCUACUAAGAAUGUAACUUGAGUGAGAAGGAAAGCUGGUGAGAGCAGAUAAAAAAGGGCCAGCCAGAUGUCCAAGGCCAGAUAUUCCCCUUGCUUGCUUUUGGCUUCUGUAAUCUUGCCUGCCCCCACAUCAGCCAGCAGCCAGGAACCGGAAGACUGAUUGUACUAGUCCCACCCAACCCGGAAACACUUAGGUAUAAAGGAUCAGUAAAACCCGAGCCGGGUGCUCAGCUUUUGGAGGUGACUCCGCUGGGACGGCACCGGUGCGAAAUAGUCUUUUUUAAUUCCCUGAGUGUGUGUCGCUUGUCUUUUCCUGGACUAUCUGCUGUAAUAUUUUUGGUGCGUUGGCCAGGAAGCCGACAGCCAUGCUGGCCCCUUGAGUCACCACUGUGGGAGGCCACAGAGAGCCCACUCAUCGCGGGGCCCUGUGACAAAGGAAGGUACGCCGCCACCUUGACCCCGACUCUCACCAUGCCCGACAGUAGUCAGCCGCCUCUGUGUUCAAGCGGACUCCAGGGGAGUCAGAAGAUUCUGCCAGGACGGGACGUCGGAUCGGAGUCCCAUCAGUCGAGGGAGGGGAACCUCGCCUGGCUGACAGUCCACUCCCAUCGGUCUCACCCCCGCCAGCAGUCAGUCCGCCCCCACCAGGGACACCUGAACCAGUAGGAAGGUGCCGUAGGUCCACGGCUCAAGGUCCAAGGCCCCAGUGGCAAUGCAGAUGCCGUUGCAGGAGACAGGGGUCCGCAGAGAAUAGGCCCCGAUGGGACCCUUCCUACUACCAACGGUUCUCCACUACUGACCUCCCCACCGGGAAACACCACACUCGCCCAACUCUGAGAGGCCACAGGCGAUGAUCUUCUAGAGUCCAUAUUCCAGUCUCAGCGCCCUGACUGGGUCAACUGUAAGCAGCUUCUGCGUCCCCUCUUCAACACAGAAGAGCACCAGCGAAUUGUCACCGAAGCCAGAAGAUGGCUCCCGACUCAAGCACCAGAUGGACAACUAGACGUUGAGGCCUAGGCACGGGAGGCUGUGCCCGAAGAGGAACACAGAAGUGGGAAGGGCCAGACUAGAGAGAUACCGACUAGCCUUCCUCCAAGGGGUAAAAGCAGGGGCCAAACAGCCUACCAACACGGCAAAAGUAUCUGAGGUGUGUCAAAAGCCGGAAGAGAGUCCGGCUGACUUCUGUGAAAAUUAUGUGAAGCCUUCAGAGUUUACACUCCAUCGACCCAGAAACCCUCAAAAACCAGCACAUGGUCACUGCUGCCUUUGUGGGAUAGCCCCAUAGUGACAUUAGACAGAAGCUCCAAAAAUUGGAAGGAUUUGGUGGAAAGAACGCCACCGAACUAUUGGAAAUCGCCAACAAGGUUUUUGUAAAUUGGGGCCAAGCUGCCAGAAAGGAGGCGGACAGCAGAGUGAAACAAAGGCAGCUCUCCUGGCCGUGGCCUUGAGGCGACCACCCCCUGUGGAAGGGCACGGAAACCACAAGGGGCUCAAGAACAAAAAAGGGCGCCGCUGGGAUGGGGUCAACGUGUCUACUGCAAGGAAUGUGGACCCUGGAAAAAUGAAUGGCCCAGCCGCCAAAAAGGGAAACCAAAAGCUUCUACUCCACCGAGAUGCUACCAACCAGAACCACCCGAGGCCGACCUGAUCGGUAUCCAGCUGGGCCCCCAUGAGCCCAUGGUCAAAAUGAAGGUGGGGGGCCAGACAAUAGACUUCAUGGUCGACACAGGGGCCGAACACUCUGCGGUGACACACAGGGUGGCACCUCUGUCGGGUCGAGAAGUCACCAUCGUAGGAGCCACUGGGAUGCAAACCUGAAGGCCAUUUUGCCGUCCCUGACAGUGACCUGGGAGGUCACCAAGUAGUUCACGAAUUCCUAUAUCUACCUGACUGCGCACUGUCACUGUUAGGUAGAGACCUCCUAGCCAAGAUGGGCGCACAAAUAGCCUUCACCUUGGAUGCACGGACACAACAGCACCUAAAUGAAAAGGCCCAACCCAUGGUUUUGUCCCUGACGAUUCCACGGGAAGAGGAAUGGAGAUUAUAUACUUCCCCUCCCGGUGAGCCAACUGUGGCCCCCGAGCUAGAAGCUGAAUUCCCUUCAGUUUGGGCAGAAGGAACCCCCCUCUCAUCUGCAAAAAACCACCCUCCCCAAUAUUAAUUGACCUAAAGCCUGGGGCCCAGCCUGUCAAAAUAUGCCCAUACGUGAUCUCAUGGGAGGCACGCCUGGGGAUCCAGACACUCUUGGACAGGCUACUCAAAUGCGGACUGGUAAAACGAUGCCAGUCCCCGUGGAAUACGCCCCUGCUGCCCGUGAAAAAGCCUGGGACAGAUGAUCACCGCCCUGUGCAGGACCUAAGAGCCGUAAAUGGAGCAGUCGUCAGGCUGCAUUCAGCAUUGCCCAACCCGUAUGCUCUGCUAGGACUCAUACCCUCUGAGGCAGGAUGUUUCACGUGUCUAGAUUUAAAGGACACCUUCUUCUGUCUCCAGCUAGCGCCUAAUAGCCAACCCCUAUUUGCCUUUGGAUGGGAAAACCCUACCACAGGAGCAAACGAACAAUUCACUUGGACUAGACUGCCGCAAGGAGUAAAAAAUCCACCAGCCUUAUUCAGUGGGGCCCUGGCAUCUGACGUAGCCAGGUUCCUGGGACGGGACCUAGGAUGUGUCCUCCUCCAGUACGUGGACAAUCUCCUGCCAGCCAGUCCCAGGCGGACCCAGUGCUGAGAGGGAACCCGGGCCCCACGCAGGCCUCUAGCAGAGGUGGGAUACCGGGUGUCAGAGAAAAAGGCACAGAUUUGCCCGUAGGAAGUUAAAUAUUUGGGCUUCAAAAUUACUCAAGGCAAAUGGAUGCUGCGAGCUGAAAGGAAACAGGCAGUCUGUGCCAUCUGGUUCCCACUCCUCGCUAGCAGGUCCAAGAGUUCCUGGGAGCAGCAGGAUUCUGUCGGAUAUGGAUCCCAGGGUUCUCGGAGUUGGCCGGACCUCUCUAUGAGGCACCAAAGGGGGAAGAAAGGGCACCCCUUUUCUGGGGCCCUCAUCAAGAAAAGGUAUUUCAAAACCAUAAAAACAAACCUCGCGGAGGCCCCGGCCCUGGGACCUCCAGAUGUAUCACGAGAUUUCAGUCUGUUCGUACGUGAAAAGAGUGGGGUGGCCCUGGGGGUUCUCACCCAGGACUUUGGAGCUUGACCAAGACCAGUGGCAUAUCUUUCAAAGCAGAUUAACUCAGCCGUGGGAGGACGGCCACCCUGUCUGAGGGCCCUGGCAGCCACCGCACUUGUGAUCAAGGAAGCAGGCACACUCGUGUUGGGGCAAGACCUAAGCUCUGAGGUUCCCCGUGCUGUCAUUACCGUGAUAGAUGCCGGAGGGCAACACUGGCUAACACGUGCUCGGAUGAGAGUAUCAGGGACCGCUGUGUGGUCCCACGAAUCAGAUCGGAAGCCGCAGAAACUAAACCCUGCCACUUUCUUGCCUGCAGCGGCAGGGCCCCCAGAGCAUGAUUGUCUAGGGGUCCUUGAUGGAGUCUUUUCCAGCCGACCUGACCUGUCAGACAGAGCCUUACAAAAUCCUAAUCUCACCCUGUACACCGACGGCAGCAGCUUCGUGAACGCCGGUUACGCAGGAGUCUCUGAUUUCGAGGUCACAGAAGCAGAGGCCCUUCCACAAGGAUGACCAGCUCAAAGAGCAGAACCGUGGGCCCUAAUGAGAGCGCUAGAACUCAGGAAGGACAGACAGGCCAACAGACACGCUGACUUGCGCCAUGCCCUUGCCACUCUAUCUGCACGUGAGGCCCUACACAAGGAAAACGGACUUUUGACCACAGGAGGAAAAGAAAGAAAAAAUUGGGAAGAAAUCCUAAAACUACUGAGGGCAGUCUGGGAACCGAGGGAGGUGGCAGUCAUCCACUGCAGGGGACACCAAAGGGGAAAGGACUCCGUGUCGGAAGUAACUGACGGGCGGACGCCGCAGCUGAACAAGCAGCGGGAGAAUGAACGGCACCCUCGAAAAUCACGCUGGCCCCGGAGCUGCCGGCUUCCCCAAGGUACACGAUCCAAGAGACAGAAUGGGCACAGCAGGAAACAGGAGGCCAGACGGAAGGGUGGUGGGUACUUGCGGACCAAAGAGUCUGUGUACUGGAGCCGCUAGCCCGCCAGGUGGUUCCCCAGCAGCCCGAGCUCCCCCACCCGGGAAGAACCGCCCUUGAAACCUUAUCGGGCUGUUACUAUGUCAUCGCUCGGCUCCCGUCCUUCUGUGCCUGGGUCUCUCAACGCUGCCUCCUCUGCGCUCAAACUAACACCAGGCGGGGCCCCACUGGACCCGUGGGAAUCCAUUGCUGCGGUCAGGCACCCUUCAAAGAUUUGGAGGUAGGCUUUACCGAAAUGAGAACCGGCGGAGGAUACGAAUUUCUUCUAUUCAUCUGCACGUUUCCGGGCUGGGCGGAGGCCUACCCCACACGCACCGAAAAGGCAAGAGUAGUAACCAAGGCCUUGCUAAGGGAUGUCAUCCCCAGACGUGGAAUGCCGUGAACCAUGGGCUCAGACGGCAGCCCGGCUUUUGUGGCCGAGGUGAUGCAUGAAGUAUCCCUGGGCAUCCGAUAGAACUUACACGCAGCCUACCAGCCCGAGUUCAGAGAAAGUGGAACGUAUGGAACCGGACCCAUAAAUCAGCCAUGGCAAAACUGCGUCAGGAAACUAAUUUGCCAGACAUACGACCUCUAUCUAGCUCUUCUCCAGAUACGCUGUACACCCCGGGCCAAAAUCGGAUCCUCCCCAUUCGAUACCCUCUCUGGAAGAUCCCCUCCACUAGUCAAAUUCAAGGGGGACCUGACAGAACUAGGGAAACAAGAAUUAGGGAAAACUCUUUGGGAUACAUACAUGGUGACGGACAGGAUACCUAUUUCCCGUGGAAUAGCUGUACAUCCCACAAACCUGGGGAUCCGGUUUGGAGUAAAGAUAAGAAAAGGAAACCACUCAAACCUACCUGGAAGGAACCCUAUUUCGUCGUGCUAACCACGCCCACGGCCCUCAAGGUCGCAGGACUGACCGCCUGGAUCCACCAUUCUCGAGUAAAGGCGGCCCGCCCGUCGCCUGACAACCACUUGGAAUGGAAAGGAACUUCGCGAGCCAGAACAGUCCUCUACAGACCACCCUUAAGAGCACGGCGCCGAUAAGCGGCCUGCAGCCGACCCCUGAGAGCUCUGGGCUCCGUGUUCAACGUGAGACUUGAACUCGGGACCCUGAGAUCAAGAGUCGCACGCUCUACAGACUGAGCCAGCCAGGCGCCCCGAACAUGCUAUUUUAAAGAAUACGCCCGAUUUGCCGUGUGACCAUCCCGAAGCGCCCGCAUGGGUCCGAGGCGUUGACCACCUGCUUCAGCUGCACAACUUUCCAGCUUCCCCGAGGACUCUGCCCCCGACCCCACCCCCACUUCCUGUCUCUGGGCUUGCACUUGAGGGACCUCGUGGAAGUGGAACCCUGCAGUAUUUAUCCCUUUGCGCCUGGCCCUUUACCGAGCGUGAUGUCCGCCAGCUCAGCCACGCCAUAGCCGGUGUGGUAGCAGCGUCCCCAGCGUGCGGGCAGGGGCGGUCUCCGGUCUGCUCACCGCUGUGUCUCCAGCACGCCCGGGUGUGAAAUGGCGUUGGUGUGCCACUUCUUCGGGCUGAGCCCCGCCAGCCCCAGCUGCUACUCGUGCGAUGCAUCCGCAGCCCUCUCCGUCCUGCACAGCUCGCUGCAAAUCAUCGGUGGCCCUGCGAUGGUGUGACAGGCACCGGGUGGCAGGUCCCGCCCCACCUGUGACCUACAGCCUGGGGUGGCCAGACCGAGCCACUCACUCACUCGGGGGACUGGUCCAACGGCAUUCCACCUCCCAGGAUAAAACCUGGGGUGACCUGUGGGGAGCUCUGCACACAGCUCUCCCAGCCGCACCCGCGCCCCCACCGGCCAUGGUGGUUUCCAGAAUUCCCCCGGCCCUGGGUGGAGGCUGUCUCAGGAUCCUAACCCCCCUUCUGCUUCUGGCUUCUGCAGCCUCCCUCUGUGCUGCCGGGAUACCUGCACCCCCAGCUUGUGGGAAGCCCCAGCGGCUGAACCGGAUCGUGGGCGGCGAGGACAGCACUGAUGCCGAGUGGCCCUGGGUCGUGAGCAUCCGGAAGAACGGAACCCACCACUGUGCAGGCUCCCUGCUCACCAGCCGCUGGGUGGUCACUGCUGCCCACUGCUUCAAGGGCAACCUGAACAAGCCGUCCCAAUUCUCUGUGCUGCUGGGGGCCUGGCAGCUGGAGAACCCUGGCCCCAGGUCCCAGCAGGUGGGUAUCGCCUGGGUGCAGUCCCACCCCGUGUAUUCCUGGAAAGAGGGCUCCCGUGCAGACAUCGCCCUGGUGCGUCUGGAGCACACCAUCCACUUCUCUGAGCGAAUCCUGCCCAUAUGCCUGCCUGACUCCUCCGUCCGUCUCCCUCCGAACACCCGCUGCUGGAUUGCAGGCUGGGGGAGUAUCCGUGAUGGAGUGCCCCUGCCCCACCCCCAGACCCUGCAGAAAUUGGAGGUUCCCAUCAUAGACUCGGAAGUCUGCAGCCGCCUCUACUGGCGGGGCGCUGGGCAGGGAGCCAUCACCGAGGACAUGCUGUGCGCUGGCUAUCUGGAGGGGCGGCGGGACGCCUGUCUGGGUGACUCGGGGGGCCCCCUGAUGUGCCAGGUCGAGGGCACCUGGCUGCUGGCGGGCAUCAUCAGCUGGGGCGAGGGUUGUGCCGAGCGCAACCGGCCCGGCGUCUACAUCAGCCUGGCCGCCCACCGCUCCUGGGUGAUGAGGAUCGUGCAAGGGGUGCAGCUCCGCGGGCACUCACAGGGGAGGGGGCCCGCAGGGGAAGGCGCGCCCUCCCCGAGGGGCCCGCGUUAGGGACCUGGGGAGACGCGGCGGCCACGCCGUUGUAAGUAAGCCAUCUGCCUCCGGGGGGCGCCCGCGUGCCGGCACCGAGCGGCCUCGCAGCCCGCCCCGCCCGCGCGAGCGCCUCUGUGUGUAUGUAUAUACAUGUUAAUAAUUUUUACAGUUAUUUGUACCCCGCCCUCAUAUCUUAUUUAUUCCUCCAAUUUCAAUAAAUUAUUUAUUCCCCCGUU